AUAAAUUAGAAGAAAGUGAACUUACAAUUUUCGCAAAUUCUGCUCCGAUGAAAGCUUCAGAUUUAGUUGAGGAAGUUAAUUCUGAAUCGACGGAAUCUAAAAAAAUAGAUGAGAAUAUUCGUGGCCGUCGUAAGAUGAAGAAUCCAGAAAAAGAUAUUAACGACGAGGAGAUUGCAUAUGCCGAAAGCGACAGCGAUAUGGAAGAUAUUCUAGGUCAAAACGAAGAUGAUGACCCAGAUCUUGAUGGGACAUUAAAAUGGAAAUCAAACUUGACCGAAAAAGCAAAAAAGCUGUUUUACACUAAUCGUCGAAUUAAUAUUAUGCAAUUGAUUUAUAGUAACGACAAAACGCCAGAAGAAAUUGCAUCAGGAGAAAUUUCUGAAUUAUUAAAAGUUGAAGCAGCCUCCAACGAGAAAGACAAUGUAGAAGAGGAGAAAGAUGAUGAGGAAUUUUUCAAGAUUAUAAAGUCUCAAGAGAAAGAUUCUGAUUCUGUGAAUACUCUUGAUUCCACCAAAGCAUAUUUAGAUACAAGUAAUCUCGAUAAAUGGGACGACGAAAUAACUUUAGAAUCUAUUAGAAAUAGGUUCAUUACAGGCAGUCUCGAUGAUGAUUCUUCUGCGGGAGAAAAUGACAGUUCAGAUAAUGAAGUUCAUGGAGACUAUGAGGAUCUUGAAACUGGUGAAGUGGUCAAAGUUGAAGGAUCCAAAAAAUCCGAAAAUGAAAUUGAGCAAGAAGCUCUUGCGCAAAAAAGAGCUUUGUUAAAAAAAAAAUUUGAUGCGGAAUAUGAUGAAAAAGAUGGUUCUCCCAAGGUAGACUUUUAUGAUGAGAUCAAAGAGGGAAUUGCUAAGCAAUUACAACUUAAUCGUGAAGAGUUUGAAGACGAUGAUUCUCAUACAAGAGCUAUGGUUGAAGGAUUUCGACCUGGUACUUAUGUCCGAAUAUUACUCAAGAGAAUGCCAUGCGAAUUUGUGAAGUAUUUUGAUCCGGCAUACCCUAUCAUAGUUGGAGGUCUAUUAACAACUGAAGAAAAUUUAGGCUUUAUACAGGUUCGUAUAAAACGACAUCGAUGGCACAAAAAGAUCUUAAAGACCAAAGAUCCCCUUAUAUUCUCACUUGGUUGGAGACGGUUCCAAUCAAUACCUAUUUAUACUUUGAAUGAUGGGACAAGAAACAGGAUGCUCAAGUACACCCCAGAACAUAUGCAUUGUCUAGCCACAUUUUACGGACCAAUUCAUCCGCCUAAUACUAGUUUUUGCGCAGUGCAAUCUGUUUCUAAUGAUAAUACAGCUACAUUUAGGAUAAGCGCCACCGGAGUUGUACUUGAUAUUAAUCAUUCGGUUGAGAUUGUUAAAAAAUUGAAAUUGACCGGUGUUCCUUACAAGAUCUUUAAGAAUACAGCUUUCGUCAAAGAUAUGUUUACUUCUGCGUUAGAAGUGGCAAAAUUUGAAGGAGCUGCGAUUCGAACUGUAUCAGGAAUUCGUGGUCAAGUGAAAAAACCGAUAACGAAACCUGAAGGUCACUUUCGCGCUACUUUUGAAGAUAAAGUGUUGAUGAGUGCUUGGUAUCCGAUCAUCCCAAAGAAAUUCUACAAUCCUGUUACAUCACUGUUAUUAUCAUUCAAGAAAGAAUGGCAAGGAAUGCGCCUAACGGGUCAAAUCCGCAAAGAAUUGGAUCUUACCCCACCAAUAAAUCCAGAUUCUCAAUAUAAGAGAACCAAACAAUCAUAUUUACAAAAACGAGCUGUUGUAUUAGAACCAAAAGAAAAGAAAAUGUAUACACUCAUGCAACAAAUUAAUACCUUAAAGAAAGAAAAGGAUAAAAAGCGAAAGGAAAAACAAGCCAAAAAACAUCACGAAUACGCCAAGAAAAUGGCCAAACGAGAAACUAUAUUAGCCGAAAAAGAUAAGAAAGAACGAAGAGAAUAUUUUAGAAAACAAGGAUUAUUACAAAAAAGAAGUGCUACAUAUUCUGAAGGUUCAUCCAAAAGAUCUAAAACCAGUUAG